CGAUAUCUCACCUCCCCCUUUGACUUGUCUAAAUCAUCCUCAUUCAGUGAAAUCGAUAUCGAAAUUGGUUUUGUAUUGUGUGUACUACUUUCAUCACACAACGGAAGCGAUGACAUCAUUGAGAUGAAAUUGUAUAGCCAAGAUCAAAGAGAGAUGGCACAGCUAUUUGUGAAGCAAGCAAAGCAAUACGCAGCUGCAAGACCAACUUAUCCUCCCCAACUCUUUCAAUUCAUCGCUUCUAAGACUCCCUCUCACAACCUCGUUUGGGAUGUUGGCACCGGGAGCGGCCAAGCUGCUAAAUCUUUAGCUGCGAUAUACGAGAAUGUGAUAGCCACAGAUGCUAGUGAGAAACAGCUUGAAUUUGCAGCCAAGAUCCCUAACGUGCGAUACCAACACACCCCAUCAAUCAUGUCUAUGACCGAGCUUGAACAAAUGGUGUCACCUCAAGGAACCAUAGACCUUGUGACCAUAGCCCAAUCCUUGCACUGGUUUGACCUACCAACCUUCUACCAACAAGUCAAGUGGGUUCUCAAGAAGCCUCAUGGAGUCAUUGCUGCUUGGUGUUACUAUUUGCCACGAGUUAGUGAUGCAGUAGACACUGUCCUUGAUCAAUUUUAUUCCACUGAAGUAAGCCCUUAUUGGGACCCAGCACGUAAAUUGGUUGAUAACAUUUAUAGAACCAUUGAUUUCCCAUUUAAGCCUGUGGAGGGAACAGAUCACACAGGACCCUUUGAGUUUGUGACAGAGACUGUGAUGGAUUUGGAUGAUUUCUUGACUUACAUAAAAUCAUGGUCAGCAUAUCAGACGGCAAAGGAGAAAGGAGUGGAGCUUCUUGGGGAGGAUGUGCUUCAAAAAUUUAAGCUUGCUUGGGGUGAAGAUGGUCAAAAGGUUGCAAAGUUUCCGAUUUAUUUGAGAAUUGGAAGAGCAUGGGAUGCCUAAGAAUAUGCAAAUGGUUGCUUUUACUUGGUGGGAAAUGUGACAAGUGGCAUCUUUUAUCCAUUGAUCGAAUAAUUUAGCUUGUUAUUUGAAUUUUGAGGAAGUCAAAAACAUAAAUUGAUCCUUCACAGCAGUCUAAAAACAUAAAAGGAGUUGAGCCUUCUUUUGUUUUUGCUAAUGUGGUAAGUUGUCAUGAAUAAAUUUUGUUGUAUGUUUCACUGUACCAAGUAAAUUUUGAUAGAAAAGCACUAGUAGUACAUUAUUUGA